AUGAUGCCCCUUUGCCACAAUGUAGUUAAUAUUUCCUGUGUGAAAAGCAACUGGACGAGAGAUGUCCGGGCAUCCCUGUACAGUUUAAUGGUGCUCAUAAUUCUGACCAAUCUUCUUGGCAAUCUGAUAGUUAUUUCUGUAUCACACUUCAAGCAACUUCAUACCCUUGCAAACUGGCUCAUCCAUUCCAUGGCCACUGUGGACUUUCUGCUUGGGUGCCUGGUCACCUAUAGCAUGGUGCGAUCUAUUGAGCACUGUUGACAUUUUGGAGAAAUUUUCUGUAAAAUUCACACCAGCAUGGACAUCAUGCUGAUCUCAGCAUCCAUUUUCCACUUGUCCUUCAUUUCUAUUGACCGCUACUAUGCUGUGUGACCACUGAGAUACAAAGCCAAGGUCAGUAUCUUGGUUAUUUUUGUGAUGAUCUUCAUUAGUUGGAGUGUCCCUGAUGUCUUUGCAUUUGGAGUGAUCUUUCUGGAGCUGAAUUUGAAAGGAGUCGAAGAGAUGUACUACAAACACAUUUGCUGAGUCAGAGGCUGCUCUGUCUUCUUUAGUAAAAUAUCUGGGGUAUUGGCGUUUAUGACUUCUUUUUACAUACCUGGGUCCAUUAUGCUAUGUCUCUAUUAUAGAAUAUAUUUCAUAGCUAGGGCAGCAAGAUCAAUUAGUGAUACAAAUCAGAAGCUUCACAUUGCAUUAGAAGAGAAAAACGGAAUUUCACAAAGCAAAGAAAGGAAAGCUGCGAAGACAUUAGGGAUUAUAAUGGGAGUUUUCCUAAUAUGCUGGUGCCCUUUCUUUGUCUGCACAGUCAUGGAUCCUUUCCUGGACAACAUCAUUCCACCUUCUUUGAAUGAUGCCUUAAUUUGGUUUGGGUACCUGAACUCUACUUUUAAUCCAAUGGUUUAUGCAUUUUUUAAUCCAUGGUUCAGAAAAGCACUGAAGAUGAUUCUAUUAGGUAAAAUUUUCCAAAAAGAUUCAUCUAGGUAUACACUAUUUUUAGAAUCAAAUCCAUAA